CAUGAAUCCCACCACCACCACCCACAAACAAGAAAUAGAAAUAUCCCCUCACCUCCUCCAUAACCAUCCCUUCCUCAUUCACCCUCUCUCCUCCCUCCCCACCACCCACUACCCCACCUACACCGACUUUGGCGUGGGCGCCUACAUCUUCACCACCCACCAACAAAACCCAAAACCAUACCUUCUCCUCCUCCACCGCUCCCCCACAGACAGCUACCCCCUGCACUGGGAAUCCCCGGGCGGCGGAGCAGACUUUGCCCUCGACGACACGCUCCUCCGGGCACUAUGUCGCGAGGUACUCGAAGAGACAGGGCUGCAGGUGACCAAAGUAGUGGAUUUAGUGGCUGUUGACGAGUGGAAGAAACCGCUCCUGGGGGGUCGUCAGGGAGAGAAGAAGGUGAUUAAGUGGGGGUUUUUAGUUGAAACUGCUUCGGUAGAGGAAGUGACGUUGAAUCCGGAGGAGCAUUGUGCGUUUAAGUGGGUGGAUGAGGGAGAUGUUAGGGAUGCUGUUACCGGGGGUGGAGAAGAGGGGAUGAAGUUUAUUGGGGAUCAGGGGGGGAAUUUACUCAAGGCUUUUGAGGUGUAUCGUCGGUGGUAUACUUCAACAACACCGGAGGAAAGGGAAUAG